AGUGAACAAUCACUGACAUAACUGAAAUUAGUGAAAGCAAAGCUUAUCCGAGAGAUCAAAUAUCCCCAAAAGAGCAGAACACGCCCUCUAAUCCCUAGUGUAAUGGAAUCUGCAUCAUGAAAAAUUAACUGUGCUUCAUCCUCGAGAAUGCAUAGAUUUUAACUAUGCCUCAACCUCGAGAAAUGAUGCAAUCAAUGUGAUUGUGAUGCAAGAUUAUCCUUUAUCUUCACUCAAUUUGAGCGUAUUUUCACCCGAAACUCCAAAAUAAUUCAACAUCACCUAGAGUUUCUCCUUUCUUUUUUGGAAGAAAACAAAUAGUACUCCAUUUGAUUCCAAUAAGUGGCUGAAACGAUGUCGUCUGGGGCCGCUCUGUAGUUUUUACCUACAUAAUCGAUGGAGGGGCAUAUUUUGACGGUGAAAGUGGUUUCAAUUUCAUCAGCGAAGGAAGGACAGGCGGCGAUGCGGCGUCGCAGAGCGAUGGUGAGGUUGGACAGACAAUUGGAGAAGGGGAAUUGCAAGGCGGCGUUAUCUCUCAUGAAGCAGUUCAAGGCUCAUCCUGCCGGCUUUAUCCGGGGCUUCGGUGCCGCCGCUGUCCCAAAGGUCUCUGGAAGAGUAACAUCUUUUGAUUUAGCUGGGAGGAGCAAAAAAUCAUCUCUGCAGUUAGUAAUUGAUGCGAUCCUUCAAUCCCUGAAGCGUAGUCUAGAGUUUCAAUUGCAGGAGGAAGAAGUAGAAAUCUUGCCAAAAGAUAUUAGACAAAUUACAGAUGCAGAAAGUUGUGAUUCUAUAUAUGAAGAUCGCCAGAUGUGCUUGCAACAUGAAGCUGGUCACUUUCUAGUUGGCUAUAUGCUUGGGGUCUUGCCCAGAAGAUACAAAGUACCGAGCAUAGAGGAUCUAUUGCAGGACAAGCUUGCUUGUGGGAAGGUGGAAUUCAUUGGCUUUGAAUUUCUUAGGGAAGUUGGUAUUGAUCCCAUGUCAAAUAGAACCUUCUCCAAAGGGAAGCUCAAUAAAGAGACUCUCAAGACAUUUUCAUGUGUGAUACUUGGUGGUAUGGCAGCAGAACACCUGCUAUUUGGAUACUCGGAGUUACUGCACUCGGAUGUUGAGAAGUUUGCUAGGGUACAUAGGUGGCUGGGUUUCACAGUGGAUGAGGUUGAUUUUGCGCAUAGGCAGGCUGCAGAAGCUACGGUCUUACUAUUGUCAUCUCAAAUGGAAGCUCUAUCUAGGCUAGCUGAGGCCAUGGCUUUGGGUGGAUCAGUUGGUUUUUGCAUUGAGACCAUUGAGCAUACGUUAAGCUGGAACAAUAAGCUGUGAAACUUUGGGCUGUUUUAAGCUAGCAUGCGUAAAUAGACGCUAAUAAGCAACUUUUGCUGAUGCAUAUUAAUUUGUUGUUUUUUUAA